AUGAAUACAAAUGAUGCGACAGAACUGGCAACGUCAACUUCUGGUCAGCAAAUAGUUGUGUAUAAUGAUUUGAUCAUUUCAAAUCAUAAUCACAAGGAGAUCAUGGUAAAUCAGGUAUACAAUGUCAAGGAUACUUUGAAGGCUGUGAUGAAAAAAUAUGCAAUUGACAAUAGGUUUCAGUUCCGUACAGAGAGAUCAAAUUCUAUAAGCUACACCAUUGUAUGUAUAUCAGAACAAUGUGAGUGGAAAAUGAAAGCUUCAAGCAUUAACAAAUCUGCAAUGUUCAAAGUUAGAGAGUUUGGGGACAAACAUACAUGUCCAUUGAAGGAUAAGGUGUGUUCUUGUAUUCAAGCAAGUAGUGGUUUUAUAGCAGGAAUUAUUAAACCAAAGUUAACAAAUCACAAGAGGAAGUAUACGCCAAAGGAUAUAGUAGAUGAUGUGAAAAAUGAAAUUGGUGUGGAUGUGAAUUACAUGAAGGCUUAUCGUGCUAAAGAAAAGGCUAUGAUCGAGUUGAGGGGAGAGCCAGCAGAUUCUUACAAGAAGUUACCUGGAUAUGUAUACAUCUUGGAUAAAACGUAUCCAGGUUCUCAUAUAAGAAUGCAAAAAUCACCUGAAAAUGAGUUCUUAUAUCUGUUUGUACCAUUGUAUGCCUUUAUAAAAGGGUUUGACUAUUGUCGACCAAUAGUGGUUGUAGACGGGAGCCACCUAAAACAAGAAUACAAUGGCACCUUUGUUUCAGCGAGCACUUUGGAUGGUGCAGGUAAUAUACUGCCUCUAGCAUAUGGCGUGAUCGAUUCUGAGAACGAUAAGUCUUGGUCAUGGUUCUUUCAACGGUUCAAGGAAGCAUAUGGGGUAAGGGAUAACAUGUGUAUUGUAUCUGAUAGACAUGAAAGCAUCAUCAAGGCUGUUGCUAAAAUUUAUCCUACUAUUACGCAUUUAGCAUGCAUAUGGCAUCUUUGA